AGACUCCUGUCGAGGGCUUUGGAGUAGUUUAUUCGGAGAAAAGUUUUCAAUGUUGCGCUACCGCCAUAUUCCCUCGAGGUAUAAACUGUCAGUAUUACUUUGCUUGGCUGAUCUUUUUACUAAUGGCAGCCAAUCUAGAAACAUCAAAAAUGUAAACUUGAUGAUUCGCGCUGAAAUUUUCCCUCGGGAAAAGCUCUGAGUUCGUCAUUCUGUAGAACCACUAUCGGAAAUCGAAUUUAGGAAGCUAUUGUAUUCAAUAAGUGAACAUUGCUUUAUAUUAAAAAUUGAAUAACGUAAAUUGGUCAUGCGCACUGAGGUAGUAAAACACAGCCAGGUCGACAUCUGACAUUACAUUUAUUCUUUUCUCUCCAAGUUCAUAUGAAAGGAAGGAAAGCAAUAUUAUAAAUAUUUGGAAACUCGACCCCAGCAUUACUAUGAAUCGUCAGCAGAUUACAGAACGUGAUUUUCUGAUGUAAUGUGAAAAGAUUUCUGCCAGAAAUCAUGAUGAAUAUACAGCUGUAUACUGUGAUGGUUCUGUUGAUGUGUGCCGUCCUUUUCUCAAGUCUAACACAUUCUUCCACCGUAGAAACAAAUCAGCAAGAACUUUUGGAAAGCUUUGAAGAUUUUGCAGCAGGCCCUCAACUAUUAAAGGACUCAGUAACAAAGGAGACUGUGCAAAGAUGGUUAGAACACAGCAAUGAGGUUAGCAGAGUUUGGAACGAGAGGCUGAACAGUGCUCAAUGGCGUUAUGAGACGAAUAUUUCUCAAGAAAACAGUAAUCAAUUAAUUUCUGUCUCUAUACAAAGCGACGCAUGGUUCAGAAAACAGGCAAAAUUUUCCAGACUGCUACUCGACCAUUUUACCUUCGAUGAUUUGGAUAUGAAGAGACAGCUUAGAUUGAAAUCUGUAACAGCAGUACCUGAGAGUGAUGCCAUCAUCCGAAAACAAAAAGUGUUUCAACAGCAAAUGUCGAGAACUUAUUCGAAAUCGAAACUUUGUGCUGCCCGCAAAUGCUUGUCUUUGGAACCAGAUCUUAUAAAUAUGAUGUCAGUUAGUCGAGAUCCCAGACAAUUGUUAUGGGCCUGGAAAGGUUGGAGAGAUGUAAUUGGACCUUCUACUCGAGACUUGUUAACCAAUUAUGUCCAUCUACUGAAUAUUGGUGCCACUGAUAAUGGUUUUAACGAUAUUGGAGAGUACCAACGAGAAAAGUACUAUGAGUUUCCACAAUGGAUCGAAGUCUUAUCAGACCAAUUGUUACGGGAAAUCAAGCCCCUCUAUGUUGAACUUCACACUUACGUCCGUCACAAGCUUUCUCAAUUCUAUGGACCGGCAGUAAUGAAAAAAUCUGUCUCUACUAUUCCAGCCCAUCUCCUGGGUGAUAUGUGGGCUCAAGCAUGGGGUAAUAUUUUCCCGAUCGUUCGACCAUUCCCGUCUAAUACGAAAGAGGAUUUUGAUACAUUAAUCAAUAACCAAUCCCUGACACCAACAGAGCUUCAACAAAAAGCCGAGCAGUUCUAUGAGUCGAUCGGUCUUAAUCCUAUGAUGCCAAAGUUCUGGAGGAAUUCUGUUUUCAAAAAUCAAGAAACUGAGAUGGACUGUCAUCCUAAAGCGUUUGACUUUCACAGGAAGAGGGACUUCAGAGUCAAAAUGUGUACAAGUGAUACGGCCACCACAUACGACUGGAACGUUGCUCACCACGAAAUGGGUCACUUAGAGUACUAUAUGGCCUAUAGGAACCAACCAGAUAUCUACAGAAAUCCAGCUAACCCUGCUGUUGAUGAAGCCGUCGGAGACACUCUUGCUAUGUUUUCUUCAACGCAUAUACGUCACAUAAACCGUUUGUCUCAAGGUGGAAAUGACAAACACAACUACGAAAGAAAUAUCAACCUAUUAAUGCGUGAGGCUCUGGACAAAAUUCCUACAAUGAUAUUUGCUUAUCUUCUUGAGAAAUGGAGAUGGCGCGUAUAUCAAGGAGAUAUCAGUUCUGCUAAUUAUACUCAAGCAUGGUGGAAAAUGAGAUACGACUACCAAGGCAUCCAUCCCCCAUUGCAACGUACAGAAUCAGACUUUGAUCCCGGAUCAAAAUAUCAUGUUUUAGCUGAUAUACCAUACAUCAGAUAUUUCUUCAGCACUGUGUUGCAGUAUCAGAUACACGAGAAACUCUGUCAAGUUACAGGAAGAAAUAUUCCUAUCCAACAUUGCGACAUCGCUGGGACAAAAGAAGUUGGAGCUAAGCUUUUAGAUUUUAUGGAACUCGGUUCCAGUUUUUCAUGGCCUCAAUCUCUGAAGAGGUUGACUGGAACGGCAACAAUUUCAUCUCGACCAAUCUUGAAUUAUUUUAACCCUUUAUAUACUUGGCUGAAAAACGUCAACGACAAACAGUCAAACGAUUUGAAGCAAGAAAAGAAAUCUGUUUGAUACACUACUGAACUAUAGAGUUCAACCUUACUGGAACUGAGGAUUUUCUUUGAAAUCGUGUAUUUUUUAAACAUUUACUCAUAAAUAACGACAGAACUGUCAAUACCCACUUUUAACUGUACAAUUCGAAUGAAAUAUUUAUAUGACCUAUACAUACUGAACAACAGACACACAUGCAUACACUAUCUCUACGGAAGAACAAAUUUGUAACAUGAAGACAAAGAAUAUUUAUAUAAUUGAGAAAAUGAAACUAACUUCAAUUUUGUGUAUUGUUUUCGUUAAUUGUUUUACAGUUUUUGUUUCUGAAAAUGCAUUGCAGAUAACAGCAAAAAUAAUAUCAACUGCUGCUGUAAUAAUAGCAGUCUAACUUCCUAAUUACGCUAUGUACUCUCAAUAAAAUCUCCUGUUACGCAACAAAAAUGUUAAAAUGCUUAUAUCUCCUUAUUUGAAUCG